AGCUAGGGCAGGUUUUGUUCGCCACCAGCUGCCCUGAAUCGACCUCUCCAAAAAUAGCCAUUUAACUCUCUGAACUCCUGUUUAAGGAUGUAACUCAUUUUUCUCCUUCCUCAUUUUCAAGGUUCAAAGGGAAGCCGCGAGGAUUCCAAGGUCCCACCGCCCUCACAGCCAAUGAAGAGCCUGGGAGGGAGGAGCUUGGGGCGGCUUGGUGCAGUUCGAGCUUCUGAGGGAAUCAUCCCCAGUAAAUGCACUGGAGCCUGAGUCCUGCUGCAUCUGCCACAGCAGAACAAAAUAAAAACCAGAAGAGGAGAGACUCUGCAGACUAUGGAACACUGUCGGACUUUCUGAAACAUUUGCUGAGAAUUCCCGAGGAGCAUGAUCUUUUAAAACCAGUUCUUUUUGAAGCCGGUUUGCAUAACUGGGAAAAUGACACAUAUACUAAAUGCAGCAGCUGAUCGAGUGAAAUGGACCACCAGAUCGACUGCUGCUAAGAGGGCUGCCUGCCUGGUGGCUGCGGCAUAUGCUCUGAAAACUCUCUAUCCCAUCAUUGGCAAGCGUUUAAAGCAACCGGGCUAUGGGAAGAAAAAAAAAGAAGCUUAUCUAGCUGCAGAGAACAGACAAACACUGCAUUGCACAGAGACCACUUGUAAAACUCCUUCGCCUGGAGUGAAUGCAGAUUUUUUUAAACAACUACUAGAACUUAGGAAAAUUCUCUUUCCAAAACUUGUGACCACUGAGACGGGGUGGCUCUGCCUGCACUCAGUGGCUCUUAUCUCAAGAACCUUUCUGUCUAUAUAUGUGGCUGGUCUGGAUGGAAAAAUCGUGAAAAGCAUUGUGGAAAAGAAGCCUUGGACUUUCAUCAUCAAACUGAUCAAGUGGCUUAUGAUUGCCAUCCCUGCCACUUUCGUCAACAGUGCAAUAAGAUACCUGGAGUGCAAACUGGCUUUGGCCUUCAGAACUCGCCUAGUAGACCAUGCCUAUGAAACCUAUUUUACGAAUCAGACUUAUUAUAAGGUUAUCAAUAUGGAUGGGAGACUGGCAAACCCUGACCAGUCUCUUACAGAGGAUAUUAUGAUGUUUGCCCAAUCUGUGGCUCACUUGUAUUCCAAUCUGACCAAACCCAUUUUAGAUGUAAUCCUGACCUCCUACACACUCAUCCAGACUGCUACAUCGAGAGGAGCAAGCCCAAUUGGGCCCACCCUGUUAGCAGGGCUUGUGGUAUAUGCUACUGCUAAAGUGUUGAAAGCCUGCUCUCCCAAAUUUGGUAAAUUGGUGGCUGAAGAAGCUCAUAGGAAAGGCUAUUUGCGGUAUGUGCACUCCAGAAUUAUAGCCAAUGUGGAAGAAAUUGCCUUUUACAGAGGACAUAAGGUAGAAAUGAAACAACUCCAGAAAAGUUACAAAGCUUUAGCAGAUCAGAUGAACCUCAUUUUAUCCAAACGUUUGUGGUACAUCAUGAUAGAGCAGUUUUUGAUGAAGUAUGUUUGGAGCAGCAGUGGACUAAUUAUGGUGGCUGUACCUAUUAUCACUGCAACUGGCUUUGCAGAUGGUGAGGAUGGCCAGAAACAGGCUAUGGUUAGUGAACGGACAGAAGCCUUUACCACUGCUCGAAAUUUAUUGGCCUCUGGAGCUGAUGCUAUUGAAAGAAUUAUGUCUUCAUACAAAGAGAUCACUGAAUUAGCAGGCUAUACUGCUCGAGUGUACAAUAUGUUUUCGGUCUUUGAUGAAGUGAAAAGAGGCAUUUAUAAGAGAACCGUUGUCAUUCAAGAGCCAAAAAACCACAAUAAGAAUGGAGCUAACAUAGAAGUACCCCUCAGUGACACCUUGCCAAUCAAAGGAAAAGUUAUUGAUGUGGAUCAUGGAAUUGUUUGUGAAAAUGUUCCUAUAAUUACACCAACGGGAGAAGUGGUGGCUUCCAAGCUAAACUUCAAAGUACAAGAAGGAAUGCAUCUUUUAAUAACUGGUCCCAAUGGUUGUGGGAAAAGUUCUCUUUUUAGAAUUUUAAGUGGACUGUGGCCUGUGUAUGAAGGAGUCCUCUAUAAACCAUCUCCUCAACAUAUGUUCUAUAUUCCACAAAGGCCAUACAUGUCGCUUGGAAGUCUUCGGGAUCAAGUCAUUUAUCCAGAUACAGUGGAUGAAAUGCAUGAUAAAGGCUAUACAGACCAAGAUCUAGAAUGUAUUCUGCACAAUGUCCAUCUCUAUCACAUAGUUCAAAGAGAAGGAGGAUGGGAUGCUGUUAUGGACUGGAAAGAUGUCCUGUCAGGAGGGGAAAAGCAAAGAAUGGGCAUGGCUCGCAUGUUUUAUCAUAGACCAAAAUAUGCAUUGCUAGAUGAAUGUACCAGUGCUGUCAGCAUUGAUGUUGAGGGAAAGAUAUUUCAGGCUGCGAAAGGAGCUGGAAUUUCCUUACUGUCUAUAACACACAGGCCUUCUCUUUGGAAAUAUCACACUCAUUUAUUACAGUUUGAUGGUGAAGGAGGUUGGCGCUUUGAGCAAUUGGAUACUGCUACCCGUUUAACACUGAGUGAAGAAAAACAAAAGCUAGAAUCCCAGCUAGCUGGAGUUCCCAAAAUGCAGCAGAGACUCAAUGAACUAUGUAAAAUUUUGGGAGAAUACUCAGUGCUGAAGACAAUAAAAAUUGAAGAUGAGAUAUCCUAAUUUGUUUUGACAUAUUUUACAAGUUAAUUUUUAGGUAAAGGCUUUAAGAAACUCAGAAACACCCUGUUACAGUGCAUGCAUUGUGUUAAACUAAGCACAGAGGAAAAAAGCAGCAAGAAAUGUUUUAUAAAAUUUUAGCUUCAAGGAAGUAUAUGAUCUGAAUUUUCAGAAGAAAAUAAACAAAUGCAUUAUGUAAAGAUUAGUGAUUAUGGCUUAUACUAAUUCCUACUGGAAGCCUGUUUCACCUGCGUAACUGGAUUUUCUAAGUAAUUCGCGAUUAAUACCGUAUUUGCCAUGUGUAUGUGAUGUCUGAAUUUCUUAAUAAACAUGGGGUAUAUCUUGGGAAUGAAAAAAUUUAAGGCAGCAUUUGGGUUGAUACCAGGUGUAUAAAAUUAAAAGUUUGAGUAACAUUUUAGUACAUUCCUGGUUGAUACUAGGUUUUAUAGCUAGAAUUCAUGUUCAUCAUUGCUAGUGGCCAGGUAAACUUCUACACAAAAUAGCUAGCAGUUUGAUACAUAAUUUCAAUAUGAAAAAAAAUAUAAUGGCAGUGGUUGAAAGAAAGAAGCAUGGCUAUACAUGUAUAAAAUGCCAUAUUAUUUAAUUUUAGACUUUGAGCAUCUUAAUGCAGAUAUAGCAUAUUUUAAUGAGAAUCUUACAUAUUUUUAAACAAAUUUUAAAAAGAAAAUUGUCAGUAAAGAAAAGGACUAUCCAAACAAUGUUUUACCCAGCCUGUUAUUUUACUUGGUAGCAGUAUGUAUUACAACUUCUAUCCAGAAAUACUCAGCUUGUUUUUGUGCCCAAAGGAAGAGUCCACCACUUUUUUAUAUUGCAGUGCUGUAAUAGAAAAUAGGGAUUUUCAAAAUCACAGUAGUAGUAACAUACAUUGGAAUAGUACUUUAUAAUUUGCAAUCCUUAUUUACAUCAUCUCAUUUUAAUCCUCAUGACAGUCUUUUGGGCAGGUAUUAUUGUUCCUAGUUUGCUUUUGAGAAAAUUAACACUCAAAUUUGUCCCAAUCGUACAACUUAAUUAGGAGCAGAGGCAGAGAUUAAAUGUAGGUCUCCUGACUCCCUGGUUCAGCACUGUUUCCACUAUUACCCUAUAAAGCUAACUGUGCUUUCAUAUCAGUAAGUUAGGUAAGAUGUUGAAAAACAAAUUAGGUAUUGUU